AAGACAUCAAGAUUGCCACUAAGACAAAACUGAACCCUCUCAAUUUUGAAUCCUAACCAGAUUGUCUCUCUCCCAUUUUCUUUUUUCAAUUUCCAUACAAUGGUUAAUAUAUAACUCUCAUGUUGCAACUUUCUCGAAAAACCCUACACACAAAUAGAAAGAAAUAGUGAUGGCUUCAUCUAAAAUCAGGCCCUCUCUUUCAUUAGCUAAUUACUUAUUCUUGAUGAGUUAUUUCAUUUUCUUAGGUUAUUCUUCAAGAUUGCAAUAUUCCAAAGAAAACAAUAGUAAAGACUUGAUUUCUUCUACAUGCAACCACACCCUUUACUAUCAAGAAUGCGUCUUUUCCUUAAGAUCUGAUCCUAACAGCAAAACAGCAGAUCUACGAGGGCUAGCUAAUAUUGCACUUAAUAUUAGCAUAGCAUAUGGGUCGGAAACAUUAACCCACAUUAGUGAUCUAAAGACUAAAACCAGUAAGAAUGACACCAACUCUAGUUGCUUAAGUGACUGCGUAGAGCAAUAUAAUGAUGCUGUUGAAGAUCUUCAAGAGGCAAUUGAAGCUCUAAGAAUUAGAUCCUUAGAUACAUUGAAGACAUUAGUUAGCUCUGCAAUGACCGAUUCAGAUACUUGUGAAGAAGGAUUUGAGGAAAGUGGCUAUGGAUCUCCAUUUGCUAAUAGAAAUUUGUAUUUCAGUAAGUUGUGCAGUAACUUUCUGGCAAUUUCCAAUCUUUUAAGUUGAUUAUGUACUAGUGUAUGUUCCAUUUGAUUUGUUGUUGGGAAAAUGUGAAUUGUGUUUAAAAUUUUGGUUAGAGAUUAUUGAAUUGAAAUAAUAUAGUUGCUUGUGCA